AUGAUCACCAAUGGCCACCUUCACAACCCCACUUUAGCAAGCAAGCUUGUUGUAUCUUUUGCCUCAAUAACCCUCCCUGGUACUACUUCCGUUGCCCGGAGGAUCGCCGACCAAAUUGACGGCCUAGAUACUUACACGUGGAACACUAUCAUCAGAGGUUAUUUGGAGGGAAAUGACCCUGAAGAAGCUAUUUUGGUUUAUAACCAUGUAAGGAAGAAAGGCCUGAAAGUGGACACAUAUACCCUUGUGUUUGUGAUCAAGGCAUGUGGGCUCAGGCCUGUGAUUCUUGAAGGGGAACAGAUACAUGGGCAGAUUUUCAAACUGGGUUUUGAAUUUGAGGUAAUAAUUCAGACUGCCCUCCUUAAUCUGUAUGGUUUGUUUGAUGAAGAUUGUGGUUUGCAACAAAUAUUCGACGAAAUGCCUCAGAGAGACUUAGUUAUGUGGAAUGCCCUUAUUGCUGCAUAUGCUCAUGGAAACUGCCCUUACAAGGUGAGGGAAGUUUCAUAUGAUAUGGUUAGAAGCAAUGUGAAACCCAAUGGUGUGACUGCAGUCAGCAUUCUUUCAGUUUGCUCUUCUUUGAGGGCCUUAAGAGAGGGGAAAGCAGUUCAUGGUUAUGUGACUAAAAACCUUAUCGAAUUUGAUGUUUUUGUUCAUAAUGCUUUGAUUGUUGUCUACUCAAAAUGUGGUUCUAUCCGGGAUGCUGUCCAGGUUUUUCAACUGAUGCCAAUGAGAAAUGUGGUUUCCUGGACUUCUUUGAUCAAUGGUUAUAGUGAUAACAAUUGUCCAAAUGAGGCCUUAGGUUUCUUCAAACAAAUGGAGGCUGAAAACAUAAGGCCGGAUGAAAUUACCGUGCUGGGUGUUGUUUGUAUGUGCAGUAAGUUGAGAAGUUUUGAGCUUGGAGAGUGGAUAAGUCAAUAUGUUGUGAAGAUAGGGCUCUUAAAAGAGAGUCCUGCUAUAGCCAAUGCUUUAAUGGAUAUGCAUGCUAAAUGUGGUAACAUCAAUAGAGCGUGUCAAAUUUUUGAUGGAAUGGAGGAGAAAACAAUUGUCUCCUGGACUAUUAUGAUACAAGGGCUAGCAAUGCAUGGGCAUGGGCUUUCAGCUCUGGUUCGGUUCUGUCAAAUGCAAAGAGAGGGGUUUAAACCGGAUAGUCUUGUCUUUCUCAGCCUAUUAUCUGCAUGCAGCCAUGCUGGUUUGGUAGAUGAAGGAUGGAGAUGUUUUAGUUCUAUGGAAGCCGAUUAUCACAUUUCACCCUGGAUGGAGCACUACGGAUGCAUGGUGGAUAUCCUUUGUAGAGCCGGCCUAGUUGAUGAAGCUUUUAAGUUUGUUCAGAAUAUGCCAAUUAAACCAGACAUGAUUGUGUGGCGUACAUUGCUUGGAGCAUGUCACACCCAAGGAAAUAUCAGUCUUGCAAAUCAAGUGAUGAACUAUUUAUGUGAAUUGGGGCCUAAGAAGAGUGAAGACUAUGUUCUGUUAUCAAAUUUGUUUGCUUCAAAUGCAGAAUGGGAUAACGUUGGAGAAGUAAGGAAGGAAAUGGGGGAUAGAGGAGUGACUAAGCAAGAUCCUGGCUGGAUUACUGCUAUCGCCCUUUCCCUCCCAGAGAUUGAAGAUGACAACCCCUUCUGCAGGAAGAAGGCCCAAAAAGUAUGA